CGCCAUCUCUAGUGCAAAAGUGCAUCAAAACAAAGGAUAACCUUUUAUUUGAAUAUUUAAUUGUAUAUGUGGAACGCAGUUGAUUUACCAUUGCGAUCAAAUUAAGUAAAUUAUACAGUAUUUAUUAACAGCAUCAAUGAUGUUGGAACGCAAAGACCCGGAGGGGAACUUAUACGUUUUUAAUGAAGAGGAUUUACCAUAUGAGGAAGAAAUUUUAAGGAAUCCGUAUUCUGUAAAACACUGGCAACGUUACAUAGAUCAUUUAAAAAGUACAAAAAGCAGUAACUUAAACAUUGUAUAUGAGAGGGCACUAAAGGAACUCCCUGGAAGUUACAAAUUAUGGUACAAUUAUCUACGUCAGCGUGUAAGUCAAUUAAAAGGAAGGUCUAUAACAGAUCCACUGUACGAAGAUGUAAAUAAUGCAUUCGAGCGUGCACUAGUUUUUAUGCAUAAAAUGCCUCGGAUUUGGAUGGAUUAUUGCACAUUAAUGACAGACCAAUGUUAUAUUACUCGUACUCGACAAGUGUUUGACAGAGCGCUUAGAGCUCUUCCUAUCACACAGCAUCAUCGUAUAUGGCCACUUUAUAUUGAAUUCCUAAAGAAACACAAUGUAUAUGAAACUGCUGUAAGAGUUUUUAGGAGAUACCUCAAAGUAUGUAUACAUACAGAAGCAAUGAAAUUUAAUAUCUUAUUGAUUUGUAUUUAGAUAAUGUACAUUAUCGGAAGACUGGAUGAAGCAGCUGUAAAACUUGCACAAAUCGUUAAUCAAGAUGAUUUUGUCUCGAAGCAUGGAAAAUCGAACCAUCAAUUAUGGAAUGAAUUGUGUGAUUUAAUAUCGAAGAAUCCUUCGAAAAUAAAGUCUCUUAAUGUAGAUGCUAUAAUCAGAGGUGGUCUGAGACGUUACACCGAUCAGUUAGGUCCUCUCUGGAACUCUUUGGCUGACUAUUAUGUUCGCAGUGGCUUAUUUGAAAGGGCAAGAGACAUUUAUGAAGAAGCUAUACAGACAGUGACUACUGUUCGAGAUUUCACGCAAGUUUUCGAUGCCUAUGCGCAAUUCGAAGAACUUAGUCUCAGUAAACGCAUGGAAGAAGCUGCAAAGAACCCCACUGAGGAUGACGAUAUUGAUUUGGAGUUGAGAUUAGCACGAUUCGAACACCUGAUGGAAAGGCGAUUGUUAUUACUUAAUUCUGUACUACUUAGACAAAAUCCCCACAAUGUACAAGAGUGGCAUAAAAGAGUUAUGCUUUACGAAGGACAACCACACGAAAUCAUUAAUACAUACACAGAAGCUGUACAAACUGUGCAACCACAAUUGGCAGUCGGAAAAUUACAUACUUUGUGGGUUGCAUUUGGUAAAUUUUAUGAAGAAAAUGGACAAAUAACGGACGCCAGAGUAGUUUUCGAAAAAGCGACCCAUGUUCCUUACACCAAAGUCGAUGACCUCGCCUCUGUAUGGUGCGAAUGGGCAGAAAUGGAAAUCAGACACGGGAAUUAUAAAGAAGCAUUAAAACUAAUGCAUCGAGCUACUGCUAUGCCAUUCCGUAAAGUGGCGUAUCACGACGAAACAGAAACCGUACAAAUGAGAUUAUACAAAUCUUUGAAAGUCUGGUCUAUGUAUGCAGAUUUGGAAGAAAGUUUCGGAACGUUCAAGACAUGCAAGGCAGUGUACGACAAAAUCAUAGACUUAAAAAUUGCUACACCGCAAAUUAUCAUCAAUUACGGUCUGUUCUUAGAAGAGAAUAAAUAUUUCGAAGAAGCGUUUAGGGCUUACGAAAAGGGAAUUGCGCUUUUCAAGUGGCCCAAUGUUUAUGACAUAUGGAAUACGUAUCUCACAAAGUUCUUAGCACGUUAUGGCGGCACUAAACUAGAGAGAACACGGGAUUUGUUUGAACAGUGCUUAGAACAUUGUCCGCCAAAAUACGCUAAAGCUUUGUAUUUGUUAUAUGCAAAAUUGGAGGAAGAACACGGCUUAGCGAGACAUGCAAUGUCCGUGUACGAACGGGCAACAAGUGCUGUUCUUCCUGAAGAACGAUUCGAGAUGUUCAACAUAUACAUAAAGAAAGCAGCAGACAUAUACGGUGUUCCGAAAACGCGGCAAAUAUACGAGAAAGCUAUCGAAGUUCUUAACGAAGAAAAUACAAGAGAAAUGUGUCUGCGUUUCGCAGAAAUGGAAACGAAGCUGGGAGAGGUUGACAGAGCAAGAGCAAUAUAUGCGCAUUGUAGUCAGAUCUGUGAUCCAAGGGUAACUUCAAAUUUCUGGCAAAUAUGGAAAGAAUUCGAGGUGAGACACGGCAAUGAGGACACGAUGCGUGAGAUGCUCCGAAUUAAACGUAGCGUUCAGGCUAUGUACAAUACUCAAGUGAACAUGAUGUCUGCUCAAAUGUUGAACAAUGCGUCGAAUCCACCUCCCGACGUGCCCGUAGAUGCUAUGCGACUUUUGGAUAGCAGGGCUCAAAGCACAGAUAAUGCCGCUACAUAUAAAGACAGCAUUAAAUUCGUCCGCGGUGUAACGGAGAAAGAUGGAAGACCAGAAGCUCAGGUUAACAAUCCGGACGAAAUAGACAUUGAUAUGGAUGACGAUGUGAAUGACAAUGAGCCGGAUGCUGAAGAAGAUAUACCCGUUGAGAAACAAAUGAUACCGUCGCAAGUGUUCGGUAGUUUAAAAGCAGCCGAAGGCGAAGACGAUGAAGCAGUUUAAUAUGUUACGCUGCGCGCGGAGAACAUGUAAAUAAAUCAUUUCAUAAUGAGAUACGGGGGAAUUUAUAAUUACAUAUACACUGUUUCUAAAGCCAACGGUGUCAUAAAUCCUUGUCAUUUUUCCAAAAUUAAUUAAAUGUCAUACAGGACGUUUUCUCAAAAAAAAAAUAAAUCAACAUUUUAAAUACUUAUCACAUGAUACUUAUAAAAUUCUCUUAUGCUAGUGCACUGCAUGAACUGUCAACGU